AUGUACACCCCCAGCAUCCAUCUAAACCACAGCACCAAACACAACGGCAACAAAGCCUUAACCUUUAUUUCCAAAAACGUGGGAACAAUCAACGAUGCAAUUGGAGACAACAUUGUUAAACAUCUGGGAACAUGGUAUCGCGGUAAAUACAUCGCUACGAAGAGUGAAUUGCGGAAUUUGGUUACGGUGGAGAAUGGGAGUGCGGCGGCUUCGAGGGGGGAGGCGAUCGAUGAGGGGCUGAAGAUGUUGGGGAUUGUUAGUAGGAAUGUUAGGUGGAGUCUCGAGGAUUUGGUGGGAGGGUAUGGGGAUGGUUGGUGGAGUGUUUGGAUGGGGGAUUGUAAUGAUUUAUCAUCCAAUAUAUUUUCAUCUAAGUAA